AUGGAACUCAUCACACCCGGCCGAGGUCACUUGAACAAGGAGACCAGAGAGCUGACACACAGCAUGGUCAUCAACCGUGGAGCCGUGUACCGUGCUAACAUGGAGAAUAAGAGCGCCGCUGCUGUGCUCAAGAGUAAACUCAUGAAGGGCAAACAGGAUGGAGCUGGAGACAGCGAAACUCCAGCCACAGACGGCGAGGAUGUAUCAAGUGAAACCCCAGAACAGACUUCUCCCGGGGUUCUCGGAAAACAAAAGGCGGAUGAAGCUGAACAGGAUGUUACCGAGACAGGAACACCGGGCAGAGACUCUCCUCUGCCCGCUACUGUUGCUCCUGAGAAGCCUAAACAAGAUGAGCCCCAAGAAGACACCGUCAAGCUGUGGGAGCCAGGAUAUGCCGAUCGAUACUAUGAGCAAAAAUUCGGCGUGGACCCGAAAGAUUUAGAAUUCCGCCACCAGGUCGCUCGCGAAUAUGCGGUUGGUCUUUGUUGGGUUUUGCGCUAUUACUUCCAGGGGUGCCCCUCUUGGACUUGGUAUUACCCGAGGCACUAUGCGCCAUUUGCUGCUGAUUUCGUUGAUAUCGCCGAUAUGGACGUCAAAUUUGAGAAGGGCACGAUAUUUAAACCAUUUGAACAGCUCAUGGGAGUCUUGCCUGCCUCAUCUAACCACGCACUGCCGAAAGUUUUCCAUCCUCUCAUGGAAAGCCCCGAUAGCGAGAUCAUCGAUUUUUACCCGGAGGACUUCCCCCUGGACUUGAACGGCAAGAAAUUUGCCUGGCAAGGCGUGAUUCUUCUCCCUUUCAUUGACGAGACUCGUCUUCUAAACGCCAUGGCGAAGGUAUAUCCUCUCCUUACUGAGGAUGAGAAGAGUCGCAACACUCAUGGCCAGGAAGUUCUUCUGCUAUCUGACCGAAACCCCUUGUACCAAGACCUUGUCGCGAACUUCUACUCCAAGAAGCCCGGUCCGGCACAAUAUCCCCUUAAAGAGGACGUGAGUGGCGGCCUUGCCGGUAUUGUCGAGCGCAGCGACACCUAUAUUCCCCACAGCUCGUUGGUCUCGCCGUUGGAGGCACAUGGUAUGCCAGGAGUUGAUGACGAUCGUUCUCUCACGGUCAUGUAUACGAUCCCGAAAUCUUCUCAUGUCCACAAGUCUAUGCUUCUCCGCGGGGUGAAGCUACCGACGCCAAUGCUGGAUUCAAAUGAUAUCAGGGCCACCCAGACUCGAUCACAGAACUCGGGCCGAUCAUUCGGUGGCGCACCUUUCCAGGGCAGAGGACGUGGUGGCCGGAUGAACUACUCGAGUGACCGCCCGAACCCAUUCGCCGCUCAUCUUGAUCCGAAGUUCAAUUCCGGCCCACAAGCUGGUCUCGGAGGUCCCGGUGGUGCCCCAAUGGUACCUCCUGGAUGGGUUCCCCCUGGCCAAGGGUACGGAGGCUACGCCAGAGGACCGCCUCCCCCUCCACGUGGCGGAAUGUCAUACCAGUACCCACCUCAGCACCCUCCCCAACACGGCUACCAACAACCUGGAGACUAUCAUGGCCAGCAAAACCAGUACAACCAGGGUGGUCAGUACAAUAGUGGUCAUCAACCAGGCUAUGGCCAGCAGGAUUAUCGUGGAGGCAGAGGAGGUAACCGGGGAGGACGCGGCCGUGGUGGGCAGCAACGAGACUACUACUCCCAUAAUCAAGGUGGAGGAGGGUAUAAUCGGUACUAA